AUGGACUCGCCGGCCAUCGUCCGCAUCUUUCAACAGCUUGCGCGACCCUCACGAAAAUGCCCACUCAGCUUCAGCCAAUGGAGCCAGAAAACAGCAUCACCCACUCUCCAUCUUCGGCGAUCCUACGUCCUUGGUCGGAGAGGCCAAGCUAAGGGUCAGAGCGGAAGUUUCUGGCAGCAGAGAUCAGAUCUCUUGACAAAAGACAUGACUCGCGAGAUUCAAGAAUUCCCCCGCAUCACUGCACGCGAACUCCGCCGCCGAACCCAUCGUCCGCGGCGAGUGAAGAUGUACACAAGAGAUUUCAUUGAAGACAGCUUGUACAACCCGAGUUACGGCUACUUCACGAAGCACGCCACCAUCUUCAAUCCCGGAGAACCAUUUGACUUCCCCAGCAUCAAAGACGGGGCUGAGUUCAACAGGCAGGUGGAUCUGAGCUACAUUGACUUUGAGAACGCCCUGGAUGAUAUCAAACCAGACGAGCUUCGUCAGCUCUGGCAUACACCAACCGAACUCUUUCGCCCAUACUACGGUGAAGCUAUUGCUCGAUAUUUGGUCACCAACUAUAAAAUGACUCUGUAUCCCUACCAUGACUUAAUAAUAUACGAAAUGGGUGCUGGAAACGGUACUAUGAUGCGCAAUAUUCUGGACUAUAUCUGGGAGAAUGAGCCUGAGGUCUAUUCCCGGACUAAAUUCAAAAUUAUCGAGAUCUCCGCAUCGCUUGCCUCCCUACAGAUGACCAACAUCCGACAAUCACCAUACGGUCGCGAACAUAUGCAACAUAUACAGGUCAUCAACCGUUCUAUCUUCGAUUGGACUGAAUAUGUACACUCUCCUUGCUUCUUCCUCGCGCUAGAAGUCAUCGACAACUUCCCGCACGACAGUCUUCGCUACGACCCCGAGACGGAAGAGCCACUUCAAGGCAGCAUUUUGAUAGACGAGCAGGGCGAGUUCCACGAGAUAUACGACCGCGAACUCGACCCGAUAGCUCUGCGCUACCUACGCGUACGAGAAGUCGCAGCCCGUUCCCCUUUCUUGACACCUGUCUCGCAGCCAAGGCUUCUCCGCAAACUUCGCUAUUCACUCCCAUUCGCACCUAACCUCACGAUCCCAGAAUACAUCCCAACAUACCUAAUGCAAUUCUUCGACGUUUUGCACCAAUACUUCCCAGCACACCGGCUUGUACUCUCAGAUUUCGACUACCUCCCAGAUACCAUACCGGGCAACAACGCGCCGGUCGUGCAGACGCGCUACCAGCGCCGCAAUGUCCGAGUCACCACGCCAUUCGUGCACCAGGGGUAUUUUGAUAUCUUCUUCCCAACGGAUUUCGCCAUGAUGGAGGACAUCUAUCGCGCAAUCACAGGCAAGCUAACGAGGGUUUCGAAACAUCAGGCUUUCCUUGAGAGCUGGGCCAUUCUCGAGGAGACCAGGGUCAGGAACGGCGAUAAUCCUUUACUUACGUGGUAUGCUAAUGCGAGUAUGAUGACCACUAUCUAG